GUCCAGACGACGAGCGUUUUGGUGCUGCGACGAUCUCCUUUAGCUCUCUAUCUCUCUAGCUCUUCAGUUCUUUUCGUCAAUUGAAAUCCUACUCUUCUCCUUCCCAAAACCCUAGAAAUUUAAGAACGAUGAGCAAUAGUUUGUACUUGUGCCGUGUGAUUCAAUCUUGAUUCUCUUGGUCAUCCAAAUUCCUUACAGACGUUACUUAUAUUCUUCAAGGUUUCAAGUGCGAGGGAACAGAAUCGAGCCUUAGGGUUCUUCCUCUUUCUCUUCUUCUCUUCUUGCUCUUGUAUUCUCAUAUUAAAUGGCAACUUUGAACAUCGACUCCUUGGGGAAUUCAGAUGAUGUUGUGAUGCCUGGCCGAGACCCCAUUUGGGAUUCCAUUACAGCGGAAGCCAUGUUGGAGGCUGAGAAAGAACCGAUAUUGAGUAGCUUUCUGUAUGCUAGUAUUCUGUCUCAUGACUGCUUAGAGCGAGCGUUGGGUUUUGUACUUGCUAAUAGGCUCCAUGACUCAACGCUGCUGGAAACGCAACUUAUGGACAUUUUCAACUAUGCUAUGAUGAAUGAUAGUGGUUUUCAGCAUGCAGUACGCCAAGAUAUUCAGGCCUUCAAAGAUCGAGAUCCUGCCUGUGCAUCAUACAGUUGGGCUUUAUUGUACCUUAAGGGAUACCAUUCUUUGGAAUCAUACCGUGUAGCCCAUGCGUUAUGGAAUCAAGGACAAAAAGUUCUAGCACUGACACUGCAAAGUAGAAUUAAUGAGGUUUGGGCUGUGGACAUACACCCAGCUGCAAAAAUUGGAGAGGGAGUUCUUUUGGAUCAUGGAACUGGUUUAGUUAUUGGUGAAACUGCUGUUGUGGAGAACAACGUUUGUUUAAUGCAGGGUGUUACAUUAGGAGGAACAGGUAAGCAGACUGGAUCUAGACAUCCUAAAGUCGGACAAGGUGCUCAUAUUGGAGCUGGGGCCAUAAUCCUUGGAAAUAUAACAGUUGGUGAAGGAGCUAUUGUUGCUGCUGGCUCACUUGUUUUAAAGGAUGUGCCUCCUUUUAGCAUGGUAGAAGGAAAUCCAGCGAAGAUAGUUGGAAAUCUAGAAGAUGAUGAUCCUUCUACAACUAUGAAGCAUGGUCAGACUAAAUUCUAGUUUUAGUACAAAUUUCAUUUAAUUUUUAGAUUGUAUUCAUUGCUACCUGAAGGUUUUGAAAACCACCUUAAUAUUUGUAAAACCUAAACACUGGGUACACUUUUAAUCUAGAAUGCCUAUAU